AUGCUGGAACCACCAUUACCAACAUAUUCCGCUUCAACCCAGCCUUUGCCUCUCAGUUCGCCUGUGAUCGCUACCUCGUCGCCUGGCCUGCAAACUCACAACGCGCUGCUGUGUUUGCGAAAGGCAGAUUCCUCCGAGCACUUAGGACUGAAGUACUUAGGAAGGUCAUAUGAGACACAGAGUGUGGCUGGUGCUGAGGUGGGUGGAGAUGUAACGGCUGCUACAGAAGGGGAUGUAACAGCAGCUUCAGGAGAUGUAACGGGAGCUACAGCAGAUGUAACAGGAGCUGCAGCAGCAUAUGUAACCGGGGCUCCAGAAGUUGCAACAGGGGCUGCAGCAGAUGUAACGGGGGCUGCAUCAAACGUAAGGCUAUCUGCAGGAGAUGUAACAGCUACUUCAGAAAAGGACAAAAACUGGGUUGUGAGCAGUGGUGACGUGGCGAGGCUGCUGUACCGCCAGGUGGAAUUGGAAUGCCAGCUGGCUGAUGUGGGAGAAAGUGGUUACAGCAUGGGCAACAGCAGUAAUGGCAGCAGCGUAUUGAAUAGCAACAGUGGCAGCAGCAGCAUGGAUGUGAACAAAAUUCUGAAACCUGUUCCAUCCUUCUCUGCAGUUUCUUUUUUCGGGCAGCCCGCUCUCGUUAUAGACAUCAGAAGCAGGCGCGGAGUCCCCUUGAAAGAAAUCCUCGCUAUAAGCUCACCCAGUAAGCUACUCGACGCCCUUGUGAAAACACCCUUCCGGUCCAAAGUUGCUACAUUAAUAUCAUGGGAGCAGUUAGGUCAGAAAUCCGGGCAGCUUUUUCAAUGGCUCAUGCGGGUUACUUCAACGGAGGAAAUCCGAAAACGUUUCGAAGAGGCUGACCCGUCCACGGUUCUUUUCAUCGCGGACGGUUUUCACUGGCUGCCUGAGUAUCUGGAACUUGUCAUCUGCCCGGAGAACGAGAAGUUUCUGAGAGAUUUAGGGUUUGAUAUGGGCAGCGUGCGAAUGGUAAGCUCCAAAUCCAUCCGUUCUCCUGAAUCUCGACUCGCCCAGAUUCAAGAGAUUGCCUCUUCGCUGGUCAGUCAAAAUUUCAUCUGCCCGGAGCUGGUGACUGGCCCGGUUCUCAAGGCCGACGUAGACGGGCAGUCGAAAGAAGUGGGUGGAAAGGUUUUGCUAACCGUAGACGAGUCGGUCACAGUGAUUCGGAAAGCCAUCCAUCGACACGGGAUGUACCAAACUCCAGAAAACCCCCUUCAAAUAGGUCUACUGUAUGUGUCUCCCCCGGGUAAAUUACCCUCCUUGUACGCUGACUCGGAGCAGUUUAUAAAGGAGAUGAUGGGUCAGCUGCGUCAGCUGGGUGUAGCUAGUGCAGAGAGGACUCAAAUGCGCAAGAUAGUAUGGGAACCUAGGAAUAGGACUUUGGAGCAAAGGAGAUCGGAGGAGGGAUUGGUGGAAGCAGUGGUGAAAGGAGGAGGGUUGUUGGGAGAAGGAGGGUUGAAGGGAGAAGAAGGGUUGAAGCAGCAGUUUUCAAAUGGUGGUGAGGAGGAGUUGAGGCGGUUUAUGGUUCAAGAGGUAAACAUCUUGAAAGAUGCAGGGGCGGAGUUUCUUGUCCUGGUGUGUGGUUUCAGGAAAGGCGUUGGGGAGCAGAGUUCGAAUGCGGCUGGUGUUGUGUGGCGGGCACUGCAGUAUGCGACUGGAGGGAUAGUGGAGGAUUUGACAAGAGAGCUGGACACAUUUAUCGACAACACCAGCACCAGUUUUAGCAGCAGCACCGGCAGCAGCAGCAGCGCAAGUAGCAGCAGCAGAAGCAGCAGCAACGCAUCUACCAUCUCCUCCCCUCUCCCAUCCCACAUGCUCACCCCAACCACCUUCGCCACUCCAAGCGAUUCCCGCACCUACUUCACCUCCCUCCUCUCCUCCUCCGUGGAAAAAAUCGCAGUCAAAUCCGGCGCUCUACCCUACAUUCUCUCCCCCGGAUUCGGCGAACACACCGACUGCAUAAUCGGCAUUUCAGCUAAAGGAGGAAGGUCUGCUCCUGCCCAUGCUCCCUCCUCUCCUGCCUCUGCUCACUCCCUUCCUGAGUCUGGUGAUUCUUCAGGGUCUUUGGAUACGGAUGAGCCUUCUCGCUCCGUUCUGAAUGGACUGGAGUGGGAUGAGCCGGCAGUGAUCUCAUUUUUUGGGCCGAGAGGCGAGGUUCGGAGGGUUGUGCCUGUCCUUUGUCCUGUAGCAGGGGAGGCGGUACCUGCCGCGGCACUCGAAAGGGCGAUAAGGGAGGAGGACGUGAGGGGGGGAAGGGUGGUGGUGAUGCGGCAUGGGCGAUUUCAGGAGGGGGAGGUUGAGUGCGUUAGGAAGGUGUUGGGUAGGGUUGGGGCCCGGGGGACGUAUGUGGAGGUUGGGGAGAGCGGGCGGUGCCGGUUGUUUCGAGCACUGCCUCCUUUCUCUGAGUCGAUUCCAUCUGUGACAACAGCAAGAGAACCAGCAGAAGCAGUAGUACCAGCACCAUCAGCAUCAGAAGCAGCACCACCAGCAGCAGCAGCAGCAGCAGCAGCAGCAGCAGCAGCAGCAGCUGCAGCAGCGGGAGAAGACGUGUAUUUCCCACUCAGCGCCACCAGUGCAGCGUUAGUAGCAUCCUCCAUAGCACGGGGCAUGCCCCAACCCGUAUCAGUGGACAUUCGGGAAAACGACCUGGGGUUGUCACUACAGCAGGUGGUGACGGUGGUUGCUGGGAUGAGGAGGGUGCAGCAUGGGGCGUUGGGGAAGGCUAAGCUUCCUGGAGCGAUCCACUGUGCGGACAGAAACGGGUUUCCGUAA